UCCCCAUGCCACUGGAAGUAGUAUGAAGGGACAUAAUGUACUACGCUUUGCUGGGUAUACUUUGGCUGUAGGUUUUUUAACUGAGAUUAUAUACACUGUUUAUAAAAGAUUGUCAAAGAAGUCAAAAGCGAAGAAUGACACGACAGAGGUUAUUUUCUUCCCCGAUAGUCAAGUUGCCUGCAUUGAUUAUUUCACGAAAGUCAAUGGCUGUGUGGCAAGGGAUUGCAAAUUUUCCCAUAAGGAAAAUUCACUCAGUAAGCUGUUUAUGAUACUUUCUAAGUCCACAAAGAGUAUGGAUGUUUGUGUAUUUGUGUUGACUUGCACUGACCUGACGGAUCUGCUCAUCCAGGCACACAAAAGAGGCGUACGUGUACGAGUGAUCACUGACUGCGAGCAGGUAGACGCAACCGGCUCUCAGGUCUGGCGUCUCCGUAGCGAAGGUGUUGCUGUACGAACAGAUGAGUCCUCAUUCUUUAUGCAUCAUAAGUUUGUGGUUAUCGACGAGAAGACACUUGUUAAUGGAUCAUUUAACUGGACCCGACAGGCUAUCACAGGCAACCAGGAGAACUUGCUCAUCUCGGACAACUCCACUCUGGUUAAGGAGUAUUGUAAACAGUUUGACCAUCUUUGGAUGCUCUACGACCCUCAAAGAGGUCAACUUGACUGACCACCGACCUGAAUCUUCAGCACAAUAUUUGUGGUAUUUCUGUCGAUUCUAGAGGAAAGCAAAGUGUGGCUGUCACCAAUCCUGGGUACAGUAUUGUUCAUGGUAUCAUGAACUAUAAAAGCUACUUGCGUGACUGUAAGCCUGCCAAUGUCACUGAUAAGGUGUAGCUCUCCAUACCUAAAAAGUGUGGUAUAUGGACUACAAAGUGCACUGCUGGUUAAAGUCAACAAAGUACUAGGAGGGGCAACAUGGAUGGAAUCUUUGUGCAGGUUUUCUAUUGAAGCAAAGGUGACUCAGAGUGAUUACUCCAUACACGAUGUACGUGUUGUUGGUAUCAUCAUUGUCAGUGAAUGACAGUGAUGUUCAGACAGUUAGUAAAAGUGUGACAGGAAGGAAUGCUUUGAUUUUCAUGAAACAUUUUACACACACAAACAAGUGUAUAGUAUAAAUAACCUAAGUGUAAAUCAACAUGACAGCCAGUGAUGAGGACAGGGGACAGAUCCACUCCUGUGGAAUUCUUGUUGGUAUUUUUGUAUAUAUGUUUGUUGUUAUAAAGAAUAAAACACCAAAUCAGGAAAGAUUUUUUUUCAUUUGUCGAAGACAAUUAUUUUCCUGAAGAAUGUCUGAAAAUGAUUUGCUUUAGCUAGCAUUCCCUUACAAUUGUAUACACUAAAUGAUGCAUAUAAACAUAUUAAUAUUGUGAUAAACAAAGUUAAAUUAAUUGACUGGCUUAUUGGGUUUUGGACUCCUGUCCCACUGCACUGUGGUUUGUAUACGCCCGUCAAAUUUGAUGGGAGUGUUAUGGUAUGGCAUCGUCCGGCCCGCUUGCCGGC